CGGGCGCCUGAAGGAGACUCGGAGACGCCUGGGGAGCGUCUGUUGGGUCGUUGGAAGUUGCUGCCGCCUCCGUUCGUGGCCGCAGUCCAUGAGGAAGAUGCUGGCCGCCGUCUCCCGUGUGUUGUCGGGCGCCGCCCAGAAGCCGGCAAGCAGAGUGCUGGUGGCAUCCCGUAAUUUUGCAAAUGAUGCUACAUUUGAAAUUAAGAAAUGUGAUCUUCACCGGCUGGAAGAGGGCCCUCCUGUCACGACAGUGCUCAGCAGGGAGGAUGGGCUCAAAUACUACAGGAUGAUGCAGACUGUUCGCCGAAUGGAGUUAAAGGCAGAUCAGCUGUAUAAACAGAAAAUUAUUCGUGGUUUCUGUCACUUGUGUGAUGGUCAGGAAGCUUGCUGUGUGGGCCUGGAGGCUGGCAUCAAUCCCACAGACCAUCUUAUCACAGCCUAUCGGGCUCACGGCUUUACCUUUACUCGCGGGCUGUCUGUUCGAGAAAUUCUCGCAGAGCUUACAGGACGAAGAGGAGGCUGUGCUAAAGGAAAAGGAGGAUCAAUGCAUAUGUAUGCCAAGAACUUCUACGGGGGCAAUGGCAUUGUCGGAGCUCAGGUGCCCUUGGGAGCUGGGAUUGCUCUGGCCUGUAAGUAUAAUGGAAAAGAUGAGGUCUGUUUGACUUUAUAUGGCGAUGGUGCUGCUAAUCAGGGUCAGAUAUUCGAAGCUUACAAUAUGGCAGCUUUGUGGAAAUUACCUUGUAUUUUCAUCUGUGAAAAUAACCGCUAUGGAAUGGGAACAUCUGUUGAGAGAGCAGCAGCCAGCACUGAUUACUACAAGAGAGGUGACUUCAUUCCUGGACUGAGGGUAGAUGGAAUGGAUGUCCUGUGUGUCCGGGAGGCCACAAGGUUUGCAGCCGCCUAUUGUAGAUCUGGAAAGGGGCCCAUACUGAUGGAGCUGCAGACUUACCGUUACCAUGGACACAGCAUGAGUGAUCCCGGAGUCAGUUAUCGUACACGAGAAGAAAUUCAGGAAGUAAGAAGUAAGAGUGACCCUAUCAUGCUUCUCAAGGAUAGAAUGGUGAACAGCAAUCUUGCUAGUGUUGAAGAAUUAAAGGAAAUUGAUGUUGAAGUGAGGAAAGAAAUUGAGGAUGCCGCCCAGUUUGCCACAGCUGAUCCUGAACCACCUUUGGAAGAACUAGGCUAUCACAUCUACAGCAGUGAUCCGCCUUUUGAAGUUCGGGGUGCAAAUCAGUGGAUCAAGUUUAAGUCCAUCAGUUAAUAGGAGACUGCACAUAAUGGAUGGUUACACCUUCAGUGGGCUGUUCGGCAGCAACUAUAAGGAACUCUCUGUGUUCUCAACUUUGUUCAUGUAAACUUUCAUUAAGACUAGUGUGUAGAUGAAGAUAGUAAUUGCAUGCACAGUUUAUACAGUGUUGCAUUAAAAGAGGUUAUUGCACAUUUAA